AUGGAGAAGCUCAACGAAAAGGCGCCAAACCAGAGUUACAGCAGUUGGAAAGAGAAGAGCGAAAGCGACAGCGGUUCAGGCACGAAAGAAACUACCUUUGUCGUAUGUGCAAUAUGCCUCGAAACGCUACAGGAGGACGAUCCGAUUCGUAAGCUGUCGUGCGAUCAUAUUUUCCACUCUCUUUGUCUGGCAAAGUGGUUUUUGAAAAGACAUGAGACGUGUCCGCUCUGUAAAGCAUCAUUCAUGCGUACGCCAGAGAAACCGAAAAGCCCUGUACAGAUUCCAGAACGAGCACAUACCAGAUGA